ACCAGCAUGGUCUGUUCCAGGUCCUUUCAUAAGUGUACACAAUUCAGUGAGGAAUAUCCUCUGGCAUUAUUCUCACUAACCUGACUACUGUAUUCGGAUUGGAGAGCAGGCAAUUUAUUGGGUGGCUUUGGUCAGGCACUGUGGUGUGUGUGUUACAUUUUUUUUCCUAGGCUGUAACUGGAUUGAGGAAGCAUUUUAAUUUCCCUUACAGCAUUUUGAAAUGCCAUCCUGUAAAAUUUAAAUGGUAUUGAAUGCCCAGUGGAUGAUGAUGUGCCUUAUGUAGGGAGAGAACAAAAAUAUCCUCAGCAGUCUCAGUCCUGGAUCUAUUGGAGUAUUAUCAUAAAGGAACCUAGUAACUACUGUUGGAGAUGCAGGUAGUUAUGUUUUACCAGCUGGGAACAGAUACACUGCACUGACUGGAUUUUUAAAAAAGUAUGCUGUGGAUUUCCUAGCAGAAGAAGACAGCAGGAAUAGAAAACUGUGAGGCAGAUUUGAAGUAAUGGGCUGUGUACAGUUGUGACAUUUGUUACAUGGGGGAUGCAAAUCUUUUUCUCAGGGAACAUCAUGAACCCGAGAGCAACAGUGAAGCCCAGCAUUGAAACUCUCACAAGCUGUAUUCAUUUGGCAUUUUGGAUAGUUCUUUUGACUUUCAGCUGUUUUUUUGGAGUGUCAUGGAGUGCUUCGAGCUUAGGUGGAACUCACCAUAUUCACCAUUUUCAUGGCAGCAAACACCAUUCAGUGCCUAUUGCUAUAUACAGGUCGCCUGCCUCACUGCAAAGAGGACAUGCUGGCACAACAUACAUCUUCAGCCGAGGUGGUGGACUAAUCACUUAUACAUGGCCUCCCAAUGACAGACCAAGCACCCGAGCAGACAGAUUGGCGGUGGGAUUUGACACGCAUGUAAAAGAUGCCAUUUUGGUGCGUGUAGAUAGUUCUGCUGGGCUUGGAGACUACCUACAGCUUCACAUUGAACAAGGAAAGAUUCGAGUUAUUUUUAAUGUUGGAACAGAUGAUAUCACCAUUGAAGAAUCAAGUGGUAUUGUAAAUGAUGGAAAGUACCACAUAGUACGGUUUACACGGAGCGGUGGCAAUGCCACUCUACAGGUGGACAACUGGCCAGUCAUUGAACGUUAUCCAUCAGGAAACAAUGAUAACGAACGCCUGGCGAUUGCUAGACAGCGAAUCCCAUAUCGACUUGGUCGAGUAGUUGAUGAUUGGCUACUCGACAAAGGACGGCAACUUACAAUCUUCAAUAGCCAAGCAACUAUAAAAAUUGGUGGCAAGGACAAAGAUCGUCCAUUCCAGGGACAGCUAACUGGCCUAUACUACAAUGGCUUGAAAGUACUUAAUAUGGCAGCUGAAAGUGACCCAAACAUCAAAAUAGAAGGAAGUGUGAGAUUAGUAGGGGAAGCAUCUUCAAUGACGACAGAAACAACAACCACAUCAAAGCCAGCAGAGAUAUCAACCACCAUAAUGGAAACUACAACCACCAUGGCUACUACUACCACCAGAAAAGGGAGGUCUACAACCACAAGAGAUGUCAUGACUCAGAGCACAGAUGAUCUAUUGGUUGCUUCUGCUGAAUGUCCUAGUGAUGAUGAGGACAUUGAUGAAUGUGAGCCAAGCUCUGGUGGUUUAGCAAACCCCACCGGUGCAGGUGGCAGAGGCUUCCCAGGAACAGCAGAAGUGAUUCGGGAAUCGAGCAGCACUACAGGGAUGGUGGUCGGAAUUGUGGCAGCAGCUGCUCUUUGCAUUCUCAUCCUCCUGUAUGCAAUGUACAAGUACAGGAAUAGGGACGAAGGCUCCUACCAUGUGGAUGAGAGCAGAAACUACAUCAGUAACUCCGCUCAGUCCAAUGGGGCUGUAGUGAAAGAGAAGCAGGUGAACAAUGCCAAAAAUUCCAGCAAAAACAAGAAGAAUAAGGAUAAAGAGUACUACGUCUGAUUAUAUAUUCUGAAGAAAGAAGCGUGUAAAAGAGAAAAGGAAAACAAAAAAAACUUCAUUUUAUCAAAGACGUGAUAAAACUGAGAUUUACUUUUUUUGCAAAGCACACAGGAUAAGGACAGUACACAUUAUCGGGAAGGAAAGACGACAGUUUGUAAAGUAAGCAUUAACAUUUCAAGCUGGUUGAAGUCUCCUACUUGUUCACAGUGUUUUCAUUCGCUCCAUCUUCUCGUUGUCCGAACUUUUCUGUGGAGACAACAGCAUGAAGCAUUCAUAAAGAAGAGUAUUACAACAGUGCACAGAGAAUCUACCUGUUACCCAUGAGUUUUCAGCCAAAGUGCUAAACAAUUGUGCAACAUGACAGAAAUCUCAUUACUCCAAGAACCUUAAAACAAACAAUAGUUAGCAGACCCUUGACAGUAAAGGGUUUAUCAUCUUUACAUCCAUGGGCGACCUGUGUUUAAGUGCUGGCUACAACAUAAGACUAAUGUUAAAAUAGUAUAAAGUGGAAUAAUCCCUUUCUGGUUGUAAGACGUAAGGAAAGCCUUAAUUUCUUCCACAGGAAAUGUAAGGCAUGGAUAUACACAGAUAAAAGAGAGCAUAGAUACAAUCAUUUGAAAAUUUUCAUGCACGCUAAUAUGUUAUUACAUACAUUUAUACAAACACAUAUAUGUGCUUUCUGGACUGUGAUGAGUGAUGUUUUAUAGCCUGUUGUAUAGACAAUGCAAAUAUCUCUGCUAACCAGACAUUUUUUGGUAAAUGUAAUGUUAUAGCUGUAGCUAGGUUUAGACAGGUUUGAAGUUGUUGAUGACAUCUGCAAUUUUAAAAUGUGUUUUGCAGCCGUCAUUAAUAGUCUCAAACUUCUUUUUUUAAUUUUAAUUGUAUUGAAUGUCUACCAUACAUGUAUGAGGGGAUACAUAUGAAUGUACGUAUAAUUUAGCUGCAUUUUUUGUAAUUGACUCAGACUGUAAUCUCUUACGUUUUUAUGAGGUUUUGUUGUGUGGGAAACAAAGUGAGUUUUAAAAUUAAAUGGUGGCUAAUGCUAUGAAAUCUUUGUAAGGUCAACGAUUUGAAAUUGUUUUCAAUUAUUUACCCUUUUUAUGUUUGCUAUAUCCCACGGGGAAAAUGAGAAAUGCUUAAAGGAAUCUUUGAUCUUUCAAUUAUUUGUAAGCCCCAUUUUGAUGUUGCUUAAUGUCAAUGUACUUGUUACAUGGAAAUCCUCCUAAGUAUCUAUGGAGUCAUUGCAGAAAAUACAGUUGGUUAUUUGUUCCUAUUUUUUAAUGUUUAGUUUCAUUGUUUCUUUUUAAAAAAAAGUCCCUUAAC